GAAACUGGAUACAUGGUUUACAGCAUGAAAAAGUAGAGUCUAGGGAAAGACUUGCUUGUAACUUUCUGAAUUCUUAGAGUUAUUUUAUUUCACUUUUUCUUAACUUUCACUAAAGGUCACUAUAGUCUGAUGCGUCCUCUCCAAGGCUACAAAAUUUGACAAGCUGUCUUUUUUUCUUAUCCUCAAUGAUUUCUGCUGAAAACCGAAGGACUGCUUAUAAUUUCACUAAGAAUGUCUUCUAAUUCUGAUACCAGGGAUUUACAAGAAUCUGCAAAGCACGGACUUACACCUAUUGGUGCUGGGCUUCCAGACAGACACGGACCCCCCGUCCCCAACCGCUGCCGCCUUGUCAUGCUGCCCAAAGUGGAGACGGAAGCCCUGGGACUGGCUCGAUCGCAUGGGGAACAGGGGCAGAUGCCGGAAAACAUGCAAGUGUCUCAGUUUAAAAUGGUGAAUUACUCCUAUGAUGAAGAUCUUGAAGAACUCUGUCCAGUGUGUGGAGAUAAAGUGUCUGGGUACCAUUAUGGGCUUCUCACCUGUGAAAGCUGCAAGGGUUUUUUUAAGCGAACAGUCCAAAAUAAUAAAAGAUACACAUGUAUAGAAAACCAGAACUGCCAAAUUGACAAAACACAGAGAAAGCGUUGCCCUUAUUGUCGAUUUCAAAAAUGUCUAAGUGUUGGAAUGAAACUAGAAGCGGUAAGAGCUGACCGAAUGCGCGGAGGAAGGAAUAAGUUUGGGCCGAUGUAUAAGAGAGACAGGGCCCUGAAGCAACAGAAAAAAGCCCUCAUCCGAGCCAAUGGACUUAAGCUAGAAGCCAUGUCUCAGGUGAUCCAAGCAAUGCCCUCUGAUCUGACCAUCUCCUCUGCAAUUCAGAACAUCCACUCUGCCUCCAAAGGCCUACCUCUGAACCAUGCUGCCUUGCCUCCUACAGACUAUGACAGAAGUCCCUUUGUAACAUCCCCGAUUAGCAUGACAAUGCCACCUCAUGGCAGCCUGCAAGGUUACCAAACAUAUGGCCACUUUCCUAGCCGGGCCAUCAAAUCUGAAUACCCAGACCCCUAUACCAGCUCGCCCGAGUCCAUAAUGGGCUAUUCCUACAUGGAUAGUUAUCAGACAAGCUCCCCAGCAAGCAUCCCACAUCUGAUACUGGAACUUUUGAAGUGUGAGCCAGAUGAGCCUCAAGUCCAGGCCAAAAUCAUGGCCUAUCUACAGCAAGAGCAAGCUAACCGAAGCAAGCAUGAAAAGCUGAGCACAUUUGGGCUUAUGUGCAAAAUGGCCGAUCAAACCCUCUUCUCCAUUGUUGAGUGGGCCAGGAGUAGUAUUUUCUUCAGAGAACUUAAGGUUGAUGACCAAAUGAAGCUGCUUCAGAACUGCUGGAGUGAGCUCUUAAUUCUUGACCACAUUUACCGGCAAGUGGUCCAUGGAAAGGAAGGAUCAAUCUUCCUGGUUACUGGGCAACAAGUGGACUAUUCCAUAAUAGCAUCCCAAGCUGGGGCCACCCUCAACAACCUCAUGAGUCAUGCACAGGAUUUAGUGGCAAAGCUUCGUUCACUACAGUUUGAUCAACGAGAGUUUGUGUGUCUGAAAUUCUUGGUGCUCUUUAGUUUAGAUGUCAAAAACCUUGAGAACUUCCAGCUUGUGGAAGGUGUCCAGGAACAAGUCAAUGCCGCCCUGCUGGACUACACAAUGUGCAACUACCCGCAGCAAACAGAGAAAUUUGGGCAACUACUUCUCCGACUCCCCGAAAUCCGGGCCAUCAGCAUGCAGGCUGAAGAAUACCUCUACUACAAACACCUGAAUGGGGAUGUGCCCUAUAAUAACCUCCUCAUUGAAAUGUUGCAUGCAAAAAGAGCCUAAGUUAUAACUCCUAAGAGCUCAGCUUUCAAAACAAAAAGAGAUUGGAGAGGGGAAAGAAAAAGAAAUACUCUAAACUGCUCCAAGCAACACUGAUUAAAAACUUGGUUUAAAGAUAUUGAAUUUUAAAAGGCAUAAUAAUCAAAUACUUAAUGCAAAUAAAUGAUGUAUCAGGGUAUUUGUAUUGCAAACUGUGAAUCAAAUGUUUCACAUCCCCAAAGGAUUCCAUACAAAAGACAUUGUGACGGAGAGAUUGAACUCACAGAUGGUUGACACCACCAUAUCAGAAUAAAAAAAUGACAAAACAAUGCUUGUAUAUUUAAACUGAUCUCCACUAUGAAGAAAUUUAGGAACUCUUGGUGUGAUUAAUUAGGCCUCUACAGUGGGGGAUUUGAGCUCACAGAAUUCCUCCAAACUAAAGCUGAACUGAAAACAAUUGUCAAGAAUGCAUCAGCUGCACCUACGAUAACCCUCCCUCUUCCUUUCAAGGACCUAGCACCUUCUGUCCCUGUGAUCAUGGAAUCUGUACUAUGAACCUGUGCUCAGUCACACCCAGCUGUAGCUCCACCAAAUCUUGAAGAGCCUAAUUUUGAAUGUCUGUGUCUUAGACCUGCAAACAACUAAUAAGAACAGCCUAUUAAUAUGUUAGCUUGCCAUUUUAAACAUGUUCUGAAGUUUGUUUUGUUCCGUGUCCAUAACGUUAAAAAAAAAAAAAGCAGGCACUAUCUCUCUUCUAGUCUUACUUAUAUGAGCAUUAAUUAAUAUUAAGGGUGAUGACUACAAACUUUUAGAAUAAAUCCUCCAUAGCUAAAGCAAGUUAGACCUUCUUUCUGCUACUGUUGUUGAAAUGUGGCUUUGGCAUUGCUGGAUUUCAUAAAAAAUUUCUGGCUAAAUGGCUUGGUAGGUUCCAUCCAUCAGUUUUUUAACCAUCAAAGUUGUCAUCCAUUGAGAAAAUAAAACACUAAGCAUAUUUUUCUGGAAUGUCAAGUAGUCACAGUUCCUAUACAGUUCAAAACAAAAUGGAAGCAUGUUAAGCUAUGCAAAAGGAAAAGAAAGAGUGAGGUGAUAAAUUGAUUGACUCAAGGCUUAUUCCUGUUGUGAUUGAAUAUCUCUUAAACAUGGAGUGGAAAGGAUGAUUUUUACCUAUUGCCUGGAGAGAUAUCAUGGUAAUUCAAAUCUUCCCAAAAAGAGAGAAGAAGAGAGUGAUAUUGACCUUUCUAAGUCAUAGACCAAAGUCUGCUGUAGAACAAAUAUUGGAGGACAAACAAUUGCAAACAAACCUCUCCAAACGACGAUAUCAGUAUUAUUAAUGUGUAAUGCCACAGAAAUGGAAGUCUUGCCUUAUUUCACCAUUCUAGAAGGUAGCUGUGCAGUUGUGGAUCAAUAUUUGUUUGAAAUAAAGUAUUAAUGCUUUUAAAGUCAAAUAAAACAUAGUGUUUACAUUCUUUAGGUCCUGUGGGGGGGGGGGAACUGUGAUAUUACAAAAUAGCAAAAGCAGUAAUUUCCUUAAUGUUAUUUUUCUGAUUGGUAAUUAUUUUGAACAGUACUUAAUUAUUGUAUGUCGUGAGACACUAAAAUCAAAAACGGGAAUCUCAUUUAGACUUUAAUUUUUUU